AUGGUCCGGUUGAGAGAGAUCCCGAGGACCGCGGCGUUUGCGUGGUCCUCGGGCCCGAACCCGAUCCUAGUGACGGGCACCCGGUCGGGCGCUGUGGAUGCCGACUUCUCAGACGAGACAAAGCUAGAGCUAUGGGACCUCAACCUCGACAGCCCAGAGCAGGGCUUUGAGCUGCAGCCGGUGGUGAGCAUCAGCACUGAGUCUAGAUUCUACGACAUAGCAUGGGGCGCCCCGAGCGACGACCACCCGCGGGGUGUGGUAGCGGGCGCGAUGGAGGAUGGCUCGCUGCAGCUAUGGGACGCAGCGAAGCUGCUGGCGGGUGAAGAGGCGCUCAUGUCGCGGGACACGAAGCACACGGGGCCAAUCAAGGCGCUGCAAUUCAACCCGCUGCGGCCGCAAGUGCUAGCGACGGCCGGGUCGCGGGGCGAGCUGUACGUGUGGGACAUCCACGACACGUCGACGGCGUUCCGGCUGGGCACGGCGGCGGCGCAUGAUAUUGACUGCGUGGCGUGGAACCGUAAGGUGUCCAACAUCCUGGCGACGGGCAGCGCGGGCGGGUUCGUGACGGUGUGGGAUCUCAAGACCAAGAAGGCGUCGUUGACGCUCAACAACAACCGCAAGCCGGUCAGCGCGAUCGCGUGGGACCCGACCAACUCGACCAAGCUGCUGACGGCCACGUCGGAUGAUAAUACCCCGGUGGUGCUGCUGUGGAAUCUGCGCAACUCGCAGGCGCCCGAGAAGACGCUGCAGGGCCACGACCAGGGGGUGUUGUCUCUGUCGUGGUGCCAGCAGGACCCGGGCUUGCUGAUCUCGUGCGGUAAAGACAACAGGACGCUGGUGUGGAACCCGCAGACGGGCGAGCGGUACGGCGAGUUCCCCGAGGCCACCAACUGGACGUUCCUGACGCGCUUCGACCCGGGCAACCCGAACUUGAUCGCGACGGCCUCGUUCGACGGCAAGAUCACGAUCCAGACGCUGCAGAACACGAACCCGUCUGCGACCGCGCCCGCUGCGCAGACCACCGUGGCCGACGACGACGACUUCUUCUCCAAGGCACCGGCGCAGAUCCAGGGCCCUUCGUUCUCGCUAGCCCGGGCGCCGGUCUGGUUCGAGCGGCCCGUGGGUGUGUCGUUUGGCUAUGGAGGCAAGCUCAUCACGUUCAAGAAGAACGACACGCCCGCCGGGCAGCCGCGGUCGUCCAAGAUUCAAAUAUCGGCCUUCUCUGUGGACUCGGACAUCGGCUCGGCGACGGAGAAGUUUGAGCAGGCGUACCGCAGCGGGGACAUCGCGGCGAUCUGCGACUCCCACAUUGAGGAGGCCAAGUCGGAGGAGGAGAAGGCCGACUGGCAGGUGCUCAAGACGUUGAACGAGUCGGAUGGGCGCACUAAGAUCAUUGAGUAUCUCGACCUUGCCAAGGACGAUGAGACGGCCGAGGCUGAGGAGACAGAGGCUGCUGAGUCCGAAGCUAAAGAAGAGACUAAGCAAGAAGAGGAAGCCAAGCCGACGGGGCUGGCACCGCCUGGGGCCGAUGGGAAGAAGAAGCACAAGCGUGUUACUAGCAUGUGGGGCGACAUCAACGACGGCGACGACUUCCUGUCGGACCUGACGCCGGCCAAGGGGGCUAAGACGGACAACCCGUUCCAGCUGCUCAGCGGGGCCAACGCGGCCGAGGACCAGAUCACCCGGGCUAUCAUACUGGGGAACUUUGAAAAGGCCGUCAACAUCUGCCUCAAGGAGGACCGCGUCGCGGAUGCCUUCAUCCUAGCUAACUGCGGCGGGAAGGAUCUCGUGGACAAGGUGCAGACGUCGUACCUCGCAAAGCAGAAGGGCAGCCAGAGCUACCUGCGCCUGAUCAACUCAGUCAUCGGCAAGAACCUGUGGGAUGUGGUGUACAACGCGGACCUCGACGACUGGAAGGAGACCAUGGUGGCGCUGUGCACGUUUGCGGACCCGUCCGAGUUCCCGGACCUGUGCGACGCGCUGGGCGACCGCAUCUACGAGUCUGGGCCGCGCAAGGACGCGUCGUUCUGCUACCUCGUCGGCUCCAAGCUCGAGAAGGUUGUAGACAUCUGGCUCGCGGAGCUGCAGGAGGCCGAGCAGGCCGGGCUCCAAGCCGCCGGUAACGACUCGACCUUCUCGAUCCACGCCCGAUCGUUGCAGCACUUUAUCGAGAAGGUCACUGUCUUCCGUCACGUCACUAAGUUUGACGACACCGAGAGGCAGCUGACCGAGGGCUGGAAGCUGGCCUCUCUGUACGACAAGUACACGCAGUAUGCCGAUAUUGCGGCCGGCCACGGCCAACUGGGUGUCGCGCAGCGGUACCUGGACCUGCUUCCGACCAACUUCCCGGCUGCCGAAGUGGCCCGGAACCGCGUUCGGCUUGCCACGCAGAAGGGUCAGCAGGGCACCCAGCAACAGCAGCAACAGCAGCAGCGCCAGACGGGACCCAUUUCCCGCGCGGCUUCGCGUGGCCCGGCGCCCAUCGGCUACCAGCCCCCUGUGACCGCCACGCCCGCUGUGCCCAGCAAUGUACACAACCCCUAUGGACCCCCUGCGCCUGUCGUUGGGUCGGCGGCUGCGGCGGCCAACCCGUACGCGCCCCCGGCUCCCUCGUUCACGGGCGCAGGAGCAUCGCCUUAUGCGCCGAAUGCCGGGUAUGCGCCUUCGCCCCCUGCUGUUGGAGGGUAUGGACCCCCCCAGCCGUCCUUCACGCAGCCCGGUGCUCCAGUUCCCCCUCCGCCGAGGAACACCGGCCCUCCGCCCAAGAUCAACAAGGACGUGGGCAGCUGGAACGACGUGCCCAUGGUCACCAAGCCGCCCGUGCGCAAGACUACGCCCAGCGUGGCCCCCAUCACAUCGCCCUUCCCCGGCCAGCCGGGCAUCUCCAGCCCGCCCCCGCCUCCUUCGGCCGGGUCGUUCCACCGCAGCGUGGCCACACCUCCGCCGCCCCCUCCCAAGGGCUCGGCCCCGCCUCGCAACGUGUCGUCACCUCCCGUCGGGCCUCCUCCCACGGGCGGCUACCCCGUGCGCCCAGCCUCGGUAACCUCCAACGCCUCGAACCCGUAUGCCCCUCCCGCGCACGCCACGGCAUCCGGUGUUCCGAGCGCCAUGGCUCCCCCGCCCCCCCAUGCAGGACGCACUGCCUCUCCGUACAACGCACCCCCCUCAGCUGCUCCGCCGUCGAACCGCUACGCGCCGGCUCCAUCGGCGCAGGGUCCUACAUCCAACCCGCUAGCGCCUCCUCCCCCGGCUAACCCCUACGCGCCCCCGCCUCCGGCUGCCGGUUCUGCUGCUGCUGCCGGUCACGGCAUCGCACCCCCCGCUUCCCGCCCGCCC